UUGUAUUAACUGAAGUGUAUGUGCGCAAAAUUGUUUUUCCAGUUAAGGAAUCGAUUCCCAGGAUAGUAAAGUUUAGAGCGUUCACAAGGCUUGCUCAAAAAAGUGGUUAUAAUGGAUGCAGAACAUUUUCAGUUAAAUGCUUUAACUAUGUCACUCGAUGAGAUUAUCGAGGCUCAAAAGAAUCAGGGCGCUGUACGCAACCAACACGCCCAACGUUUUCAACGUCGUGGCGGACAGUAUAAAAGUGUAAGACGUGUUAUAGCAAGAAAGCCCUAUCAAAAGUUUGCAAUACGGCGUUUCAAACCUAUGAAGGCUUCUACAACACGUAUCGGUAUUUCUAACCUUUCAUUCGAUGUCGAUGAUAUAGAUCUCCAGACUCUAUUUAAAGAAUGUGGUCCAAUUAAAGAGUCUUCUGUCUACUAUGACCAAAAAGGCGACUCUUUAGGAAUGGCAGAGGUCGUAUAUAAAACCCAACGGGCUGCUAGUACUGCGGUCAGUUGCUUUAAUAAUGUUAGGUUGGAUGGUCGUAAAAUGCACGUUCAUCAGUUGCCAGAGAAACGCAAUGUAUGCCUGGCGUGCUUCUACAGUAAGCGUAAUAAUUAUGGUAAUGAGCGUGCUAAGUUGCGCGAACAGCUCGACAAAGAACUCGAUGAAUACGUUGAACGCUUCAUGGAUCUUAACAAGAACUCGGCCUCUCCCAUGACACUUUGAAAACAAUUCAAAUUGCUAAAUAUGAACUUUAAUCAAUUCUUACUAUAUAAUUAGUCUUUAUCAUGUUGUAGAAAAUAUAAAAUACAGGUUUGAAUAAACUGAUGUACAAUGCAAACAAACAUACUUAGACCGUGUACUAGUAAUGGAACUGAAAUACUUAGCCAUAAUUUUUUCGACUUCCAUUUCAUUAG